UCAAAUGAUGCCUAGAUUUCUUGAUAUGAAUAUAUGAUGUCAUUCACCCAAUUCACAAGAAAUAAAAUUCACCACACGGAUCCUCUAAAAUUUUGUUACUACUCCCUGGCUGUCAUCUUGAAUCCAAACACCCACAUGUCAUCCUAGAUUUCAUGACCCACUCACACACACACACAUGCACUUCUCCAGUCUCCUAUAUUAAUUCAUUCUAAGUCAAUUCCCCACCCCUUCCAACUUCCAAGUUCCAACCCCAACUCCCCUUUUGCUUUCCCUCUUUCUCUCUCCAAAAAAGAUAAAAAUGUCAAGUACCAAAAGAAAGGUUCUCCUAAACACAGUGUCAGUGAACCUAGGUUGCAGCUGUAGAAGGCCAAAGCUCUCCUCUUUCUUCAACCCUAAACCUAAAUCCAAAACUCCCAACAAAUAUCAAAAACACCAUAACUAUUCCUACUCUUCCUCCACUUCUAGUAAUACUGCUAAUUCUAGAAACAUGUCAUCUUCUUCACCUUAUGAGUGUUACUAUCCUACCAUUAACUCCGCCACUUUCUCUCCUUACAUGGACACCACCACCACCACUACUACGUCGUCGUCUUCGUCUUCACACCCGUCUUCUUCGUCGGUGGAUGGGUUCGGGUUCAAGUCGGUGGCUGAAGAGAAGGAUUCUAAUGAUCCUUAUUUGGAUUUCAGGCAGUCUAUGUUACAGAUGAUUAUGGAGAAUCAGAUUUAUACUAAGGAUGAUCUUAAACACCUUCUCAACUGUUUCUUGCAGCUCAAUUCGCCUUCUCUUCAUGGGACUAUCAUUCGGGUUUUUACUGAGAUUUGGAAUAGUUUCUUCUUUAAUGGAAGACCUGAUCACACCUCCCCUAGCUACUUUCUUCGCCCUAAAUCCUACCAAUUUUAGCCCGUCAAUGAAAGGCUAUAAUUAAGGUUGCGUACAUCUGAACCGUCAGUAGUACGCAGAUUAAGCUAGGCUACUAUAAUUGUAAGCCAACUUUGUUUUUAAGUUGUUUUGAUUAGGUAAUGUAAUCUUUUGCUGCUAUUAGUUAAUUAGUAUAACACUCUAAGUAGUAGGUGGUAGUAAUAUAUGAUCUUAAUUAUGCCUCCUUUUAAUGUUGAGGAAAUUUAAGAUCUCUAACUUGGGUUCUAUGGUAAUUAAGUUAUGUUCAUUUGACAUUGUGUCAUGUGACUAGCUUACCAAUUGUAAAGAUGCUUUUACCAUCAGGUAUCAAGAAAUCAAACGGAUUUACUAUUUUUAGUCUUUUAUUUA